GGAUCAUGUGUAUGGUCGGCGAGCGUCCUAACCGCUGUGCCACCGACGCACAAUCAGUGUACGAUAGUCGAAGAAAAAAAACAAUAUUUACUUAAUUAAGGAAAUAAUGAUGUCAUUUUAUUAUAUCACUUAUGUUACAAAAAUUUUUUUUCUUGAAAAUAUUUUAAACAUAUCACUUCCACGUGAGUUUUUACUUACACUCACACAUACGCACAGAGUCUACUACUUCGUUUGUUUAUUCUCUAUUUGUUAUUGUUGUUUAGACGCGUUUCACAUAACCGUUAUAAGAUGAUGAACUGUUAUUAUUAUGAUUAUGAAGAUUGUUGUUGUUUCAUGUCGUCUUGGUUGUGAUAAUGUCCUGUCAACGAUAUCAAUAUGUGAAAAGUCAACUGCGUUAUGUUAUUCCAUUCCUUCAUGUUGUAAUUUGUUUGAGUAUCCUGUUGCCUUUAUUAUUGUGUGAAUCAGAGUUACAUCGAAUUGUUUUUAUUCAAGUGGAUCUUAUCCACAUCAUAUGCUUCUUUGCAUUCUUUAGUAUUUCACUCAUUGCUUAUGGCUUAACAAGUUGUAUUGAUCCGGGUUACUUGACUGCUGAAAAGGUAGGCAAAACAAUAAGAUGAAUCAGGCUAGAUGGUUUCGACAUCGUCGUGGGCAUAUUUCAUUAACCAAUGAUUCUGUCGAUGAACGUGCUAUUUAUGCCGGUGAUCAGUAUACAACCGUUAAUUCUGAUAUAAGCUCUAAGCAUAAUUUGACAUUGGAUCACAGUGAUACACCAUGUCAUUCUCUUGAAGCUCAUUGUAAUGGAGUAGAAUCGGAUACUGCAACAUUAUCGAAUAAAUUUACUAUGAAUUUUAAACGAGAUUGGUCAAACUAUUCAUGUUCUAAAAUGAAUACAGAUUGUGAAGUUUUAGUCAAUUUAUCUGUUCCUGUAAGAUUUUGUAAGCAUUGUCUUCUAGAACAACCUCUACGUUGUCGCCAUUGUCCUGAUUGUAAUCGUUGUGUACUGAAAUUUGACCAUCAUUGUCCAUGGGUCGGUAAUUGUAUCGGAGAAAGGAAUCAUUCAGCAUUUGUUGUAUUUCUCUUCUGUCAAACUAUUACAAUUUGGUGGAGUAUGUAUUUUUCUUGGUGUUCAUUAAUUCAAACAACUGAUUGGAGUGAUUGGUUUCGUAGUAAUUGUCUAUACUACUUUUUUAUAAUUAUACUAACAAUAUGUGGAAUACCUGUAACUUUAAUACUUGGUUUCCAUCUUUAUUUGGCUUUGGUUAACAAAACUACCUGGGAGACAGUAGCACACGAUCGGAUCACAUAUUUACAAAGUUUAAAAUCUGAUGAAAAUCCAUUUAAUCAGGGUUACUUAUGGAAUUGUUAUGCUUUUUGUUGUUCUCGUCAUCCAUUCGGUUGGGAUCGAAUUUAUGCUAAUACUACUGAAAAGUUUACACCAUUCAAUCAAAAAGAUGCCAAUGAGAAUAAUACACCAAGAACAACAACAACAAAUCUACCUGUUGUAAAUGUUUCACCUAAUCAAAUCUGUGAAUUAUCCGUCAAUCGAGGCGAUCACAUAAAUCAGACUGUAUAAUAGUUGUUGUUGUACUAGUCAUGUAUGUGUGCGUGUGUGUGUGCGUGCGUGCGUAUGUUUCUAUGGUGCAUACAUCUUCAUAUUUACCUACUAACUGAUCUGUCAAAUAAUAAUAAUAACAAUGUCUAGCUUUUAUUUUUGUAUACCUUCCUCUAUUAAUAUGUUUGCUUUCUCCUCUUUUGUGUUUAUAGAGUUGCUUUUUGUGCAUAUUUAUUUCAAUGGUCCAUCGCUUUUCUAUAUAUAUUUUUAUACUACUUAUAUACUUAUAUGUAUACACAUAUAUUGGUCUGCCGGUGCAAAUAAAUAAAUAACCACAUACUACUUACUAUAUAUAUAUAUAUAAAAGUGUUUAUGGAAAUGCUUUAUAGGUGAUAUUCAUUUCAUCAUUUGUUUUAUCCAACUAUCUUCUUCCUUCUUAUUCUCUGUGUUAUCCUCUUUUGUGUUGCAUACUUGAUUGAGAAAAAAACAAACAAACAAUAAAGUGAAAAGGCAUGAAUAUGUAUCAACUGCUUUUUUCAUUUGUUUGUCUGUCUGUUGGUUUGUUCCCUAGUCUUGCUUUAUUUCAUGUGCGUGUGUGUGUGUGUGAGUAUCGGCACUUUCUAGCAUAAUUUUUAUACACUCAAAAUUUGUUUUCGCCUUCUUGUCGGUAUUCUUUUAAGUUUUAUUUAAAAAAAAAAGAAAUAUAUCCCGUUGUUGAUGAUGCUGCUGCUGCUGAUCUUGGUUGCUUAUUGUUUGUUUCAGUCUCUGUUGUGAGUGUUGUUCACCCGUGUGUUGUUGUUAUCUUAAAUCUUUUAUUCAUUCUUCUUUCCUUUCAUAUCAACGAACAAUAAAGAUUACUAUUAUUAUUUAAUCAAUAAAUUCUAUAUUAUAU